AUGAACGCAGAUGAAAACGAUCCUCUCUUAAGAGCAUUGAACGAGGAUGGCGAGUCUGCCAAUGCAAGACACAAUGCAGAGCAAUCCUCUGGUGGACAAGAUCAACAAUCAGAACCAUCUGGCCCAACCCAGAAUGUUGAUCCCGAAAGAGAAAGAGCACUUCUGAAAUUUAAAGAUAAAUUGCUUGAACACAGAAAAUGGGAUGCUCGAUUAAAAGAUUUGCGUUUGAGCAUACGAGGUCUCGAAAAGGAUUACGACAAAACAGAAACUGAUAUUAAAGCGUUACAAUCCGUAGGACAAAUCAUUGGUGAGAUCUUGAAGCAAUUGGACGACGAGAGAUUUAUUGUUAAAGCCUCGAGCGGCCCGCGUUAUAUCGUUGGAUGUCGUAAUACUAUCAAAAAAUCCAGUCUAAAGAAUGGAGUCAGAGUUGCCCUCGAUAUGACAACUUUAACAAUUAUGCGUAUUUUGCCUAGGGAAGUCGAUCCAUUGGUUUACAAUAUGACUAGUUUUGAGCCAGGUGAAAUUUCAUUCAAUGGAAUUGGUGGUUUAACCGAACAAGUUAGAGAAUUGCGAGAAGUGAUUGAGUUGCCACUUAAGAACCCCGAAUUGUUCAUUAGAGUUGGUAUAAAGCCACCCAAGGGUGUGCUUUUAUACGGUCCUCCAGGUACUGGUAAGACGUUGCUCGCAAAGGCAGUUGCAGCUACUAUUGGAGCGAACUUUAUAUUUUCUCCAGCAUCGGGUAUUGUUGAUAAAUACAUUGGUGAAAGUGCCAGAUUGAUCAGAGAAAUGUUUGCUUAUGCCAAAGAGCACGAACCAUGUAUCAUAUUUAUGGAUGAGAUCGAUGCUAUUGGAGGUCGUAGAUUCAGUGAGGGAACAUCAGCCGAUCGUGAGAUUCAGCGGACAUUGAUGGAGUUGCUUAAUCAAAUGGAUGGUUUCGAUACACUUGGACAGACCAAAAUUAUUAUGGCGACAAACAGGCCAGACACAUUGGACCCGGCACUUUUACGAGCUGGUAGAUUAGAUAGAAAAAUUGAGAUUCCAUUACCUAAUGAAGCUGGAAGACUUGAAAUUUUCAAGAUACACACUGCUAAGAUUUCUAAACAGGGUGAAUUUGAUUUUGAGGCCGCCGUAAAAAUGAGUGAUGGUUUCAAUGGUGCCGAUAUAAGAAACGUUGUUACCGAAGCUGGUUUCUUUGCCAUAAGGGAUGAUCGAGAUUAUAUAUUGCAGAACGAUUUGAUGAAGGCAGUGAGAAAAGUUGCCGACAACAAGAAAUUGGAAGGUAAAUUGGAUUAUGAGAAGCUAUAA